AUGGGAGCGAAGAUGAUGUCGAGGUCGAUGCAGGUGGCGGUGGCGCUGGCGUUUCUGGUGGGCGGCGCCUGGUGCGGUCCUCCCAAGGUUCCCCCGGGCAAGAACAUCACGGCCAGCUACGGCAGCGACUGGCUGGAAGCGAAGGCGACGUGGUACGGCAAGCCGACGGGCGCCGGCCCUGACGACAACGGCGGCGGGUGCGGGUACAAGGAUGUGAACAAGGCCCCCUUCAACAGUAUGGGCGCGUGCGGCAACGUCCCCAUCUUCAAGGAUGGCCUCGGCUGCGGCUCCUGCUUCGAGAUCAAGUGCGACAAGCCGGUCGAGUGCUCCGGCGAGCCCGUGGUGGUGUACAUCACGGACAUGAACUACGAGCCCAUCGCCGCGUACCACUUCGACCUGGCCGGCACGGCGUUCGGCGCCAUGGCCAAGAAGGGCGAGGAGGAGAAGCUGCGCAAGGCGGGCAUCAUCGACAUGCAGUUCCGGCGGGUCAAGUGCAAGUACGGCGAAAAGGUCACCUUCCACGUGGAGAAGGGGUGCAACCCCAACUACCUGGCGCUGCUGGUCAAGUACGUUGACGGCGACGGCGACAUUGUGGCGGUUGACAUCAAGGAGAAGGGCGGCGACGCGUACGAGCCCCUCAAGCACUCCUGGGGCGCCAUCUGGAGGAAGGACAGCGAUAAGCCGCUCAAGUUCCCCGUCACCGUCCAAAUCACCACCGAGGGAGGCACCAAGAGCGUCUACAACGACGUCAUCCCCGAAGAUUGGAAGCCCGACACCGCCUACACCGCCAAAUAA